UGUUCCUAUAUAUAAUAUAGAAGAGUCUCCUACACCUUUCUAAGAAGCUCACUUUGGAACUGCACUUUUAAACAAAGAUGACAACAUAUUCAAAGAGAGGUAUACCUGUAAGCUCGGUAAGUCCACAGUAUCUGCACACAAACUCUACUAGCCACAUCUGGCCCUUCAGCGCAGUAGCAGAACUGAUUGACAAUGCUUAUGACCCAGAUGUCAAUGCAAAACAGCUCUGGAUUACAAAAAGUGUGUUCAAACACCAGGACUGCCUCAUCUUUUUGGAUAAUGGAAAUGGCAUGGACUUUGACAAGAUGCACAAAAUGCUCAGUUUUGGCUUCAGUGAUAAGAAGCAGUUAAAAAAACAUGUUCCAGUUGGUCUUUACGGUAACGGUUUUAAGUCAGGAUCCAUGCGCUUGGGAAAGGAUGCCAUUGUUUUCUCAAAGAAAGCUGACACCAUGUGUGUGGGUCUGCUGUCACAGACUUACCUCGAGAGGACAGGAGCACAGAAUGUCCUUGUUCCUAUUGUCUCGUUCACAUGCACUGGACAGACAGUCAGUGCCGCACCAGAGCAUGCAGAGAGUUUUCGAGAUAUCCUGGCACAUUCUUUGUUUAACACUGAGGAAGAACUGUUUUCUCAGUUCAAAGUUAUUGAAAGUCUUGCGAAACUAAGUGGAACCUGCAUCAUAAUCUGGAACCUACGCAGAAAAUCUUCAGGAGAAUUAGAAUUUGAUUUCUUGAAAGACCCCAAAGACUUCCGGAUCCUUGAUGAUGUGUACAAUACAUUCAGGAAGUCAAACAAGCGUCAGAAUCAGGACAGCAUGUCAGUGCCUGAGAGUGUUUAUUCACUACGGGCAUACUGUAGUAUCCUGUACCUGAUUCCAAGAGUGGAUAUUAUCCUUCAAGGGCAAAAGGUUGAAGCUCAGUCUAUCUCAACAACUCUAGCAAAGGCUCAUACGGACACAUACAAACCUGAAUGUCUUAAAAAGGCAAUAAAAAUCACAUUUGGCUACAACAAAAAGAGCAUGGAUAACUACGGAUUGAUGAUGUACAACAAAAACCGGCUCAUUAAAGCCUACGUGCGUGUCCCCUGCCAGCAGAAGGGCAACCACACAGGACAAGGAGUUAUCGGGGUUAUAGAGUGUAAUCACCUCGUACCAACUCACAAUAAGCAGGACUUUGAUGAUACUCAAGAGUACAGGAACACCAUGAAGAAUCUAAAUAUUAAGCUUGAGCAAUAUUGGAAGACCUUCACUUAUAGUCAUCAAGAAUUUAAGCCUGUUGAUAAUACUAAAACUCGCACAGAUGCAGCUCAGGUAACUUGCCCCAGGUUCUUGCCUGAGGUUUCUGAUGAGGAACAACUUGGAUACCUCAAAACACACAAAGGGCAAAAGAAGAGGACCCUGGACCAGUGUCAAGAUAAAACAGAGAAGAAGAAAUCCAAGAAAAUUGAUUUGGACAACAACAUAACAGGGACAUCAACAUCCACAGCCUCACUUGCCAUGUUUAACCAAGAUACGAGUGAAAAGAUAGUAGAAAGAAAAAACAUUAAAACACAAGCCAGCUCUAAACACCAACAGAACUUUGAAGAUCAGCUUCUUACGGCCAAGCAGGAGAUAAAUCAGCUCCAAGUUAAGGUGAACAGUCUGGAAGAUGAGAAGUCUGCUUUGGCAAGCUGCUGUGAGAGCCUGAAGAAAGGCCGCCUCAGGUUAGGAGAACUCAGACAAAGUGUGGCACGUCUCCUGUUCAGGUUUGUCCCUGAAGUAAUUCUUAAGCAGUUGGACAACGAUUGUGAAGCUGUUGAUGAAAUUCUUACUCAAGUUAUAAAUAAGAUCUCCCUGACAGAGGCAGCCUCUACAUAAAAACCCAUAUGAGUAUGGGUUCCCCUUUGUGUCUGGUUCCUCUCAAGGUCUCUUCCUUCCAUUCUAGGGAGUUUUCUAGGGACUUACUCAUUGGGGAUAAAUACAUACACAUUUAAAUGUAUCUAAUAUUAAUUUUGAAUUGUGUAUUCUACUAAUCUUUAUAUUAUUCUUUAUAUUAACCUUUGUUCUAUGUUUAUGUUCUGUAAAUCCGCUUUGAGAAAAUGUCAAUUAUACAAGCCCUAUACAAGUACAUUUGAAUUGAAUUUAAUUGAAAAAACAGUGGUGGAUUAAUCAAUAAAAUUAACUUUUUAAUUACUACACACAACUUUUUUUUUAAUAUGCCUGACUCUUAUUCUGUUUAAAUGCUUUUGAAAAAAGACAUUAACUUUUUAUUGUUUCCAGUGUAUUUUUAAAAUAAAAUUGAAAAAGAAAGGUUUAGGCAGCUACUGCCUCAGCUCCUUUUGCUUUUAACCUUUUGUACAUAGAAUUAAUUGCUUUUAUAUCACUAUAUAAGCAUGUGUAAACCCAUGUGUUUUUAAAUGGUAAACCAUUCAGCUCAUGUGUAGGCUUAAAAUCUUAAAUUUUUUUCUAUUUCCAUUUUCUUAGUUCUGUGCUUAAAAUGAACAAUAUCAUACUUCAAUGCUAGGCCAAAAAUGUGUAAAAUGUAGAAACUAUAUACAGCAGGUAGUUUGUUUGUAUUACGCAAUAUAAGGUGCAUAUAGUUGGCCUGAUUUGCUAAACUACAUGAUAAUAUACACAAAUAAAUAAUGUUGAGCAGCUAGUAGGCAGGUUGUAGAUUAUUUAUAAACCUACAACAUUGUAUAUCACAAGAUAAAGGAGAACAUAUAACUGAGACUAUGUGUUUUAGGUCAUUCAAAUAUUAAUAAACCUUCCCUUCUCACUCAAAAUAGGUAAUUUAUUUUAUUAAAUUUAGUUUUGAUUUUUUGUUUUGCUUUCUUUGUGUUUCUUUGUUUCUGUUUAUCUGUGUUUGAAAUGCAAUAAAAACACAUAACACCUUC